AUGAGUAUCAACACUAAAAGGCUCGGCACAUUGAAGGAGGAAGAGUCAGCAGGCGGUAGUCUAACCAGCCACAUGUUGAAUCAUGUGUCGCAAGACUGUGAGCACAAUGCCAAGCAAGAAACCUUGAAAGGAGGUCGCAUAGGUUCACCGUACGUCAGCGGAGCCAACGGUGGCUCAGCAUUACCGAAAUCGAGAUGUGCAAGUAUUUCGAGCAAUAGUGUCAGUACUAAUAGCAAGACGGUUGGACUGGGGAUUGCUAGACGACCCAGCGAUAACCUGUUAUUAAAUAUGACUGCCUUGGAAGACGACAUCAAAAAGCUAGACGAAGAAGCAGUGGCUUUGAGUACUAAUUUUGGGCUGCCGCCACCGAGGAAGAACUUCGCGGCAAAAGCUGAGAAAAAUGACCGACCCAUCUCAAACGAUUCGAUCGCUACUAGAACCACUGAGCUUUUUUCAUCUGCCACAUCAGAUGUCAAUUCGGGAAGUUCAUCUGUUGAGAACGAAAAUGACACUGAAAGCAAGGAAUGCAGAGAUGAGUUAAACGACAGCAGGAGCUCUACGGAUAACGAGUCGGAUUCUGAAACCUGCUCCGUGGAGAACUUAUCACUAAGCACUCAUUGUAACGAAACAAUUCGCUCUGGCACAAAGGGGCACCCCGAUGCAGUCCAAAGAACUAGAUAUUUCUUCAACAACGGAAGCAAGGCAACGUCACAGAUCUCCCUGGCUGGAAGUACUAGCACAAUAACCUCGCCAGUAGAGACCGCAAAUGAUGGUGCGUUGCAACGGCAUUCAUUACCGGCUGCAUCGCCGCUUUACUUCCAGGUAAACAGCACAUCGGCUAUCUUACCCAGCAAAGGACGGUUGACACCGUCACAAAGGUACCGACUACGGAAAGCUCAAAAUGAAACUGCUUUGAGGAAAUCGAUCAGAAGGAAGGAAAAGUUUUACGAAGAACAGGACAGAAGCUCGGAAUUACGGGAUGACUUAGAGAACAUACUAAUUUGGAAUAUUCCAGUAGCAUCGACUUCAACCAAUUCAUUUUUAACCUCGUCGAAAGAGAAUCGGAGAUCUCGUAAUAUGCCCUCGGACAGCAGUCUUUCGAGGACCAAGAACUCAGAUGAUCACUUUGCAGCUCAUCGAUUACCAUACCUUGAUUACCACGAGAUGCCGACUUCACCCAUACCGGGUGUUAAUAAUACCACGGAUUUCCAAUACAUGCAGCAAGCCACCCAAAAUCUAUCGUCGGUUUAUCUUCAUUCAUCCGACAGACUUUCACAAAGUAAACUUUGCGAGCGUACCGCGUCGGCAGAUUUCUUACCAAUUGAGUUUAAAGCAGCGAGCGAUCUUGGGUUGGAAGAUCUCAAGCUUGUUUCUGAGGAUAAACUGGAGGUAACCAGUCAUUCUAGACCUAGUUGGUUACCACCGAAGGAUCCUCAAGAGAGAAAAUUACAUGAAGAACAGAUUUCCAAGAGUACGAGUAUGGCGUCAAUAGAACAAUUAGACAGGAACAAGGAAUCGCAAGAAAAGGCCAUCAGAGAUGAGACUAAUAGACAGAAGUAUGUUCUCUUACUGGCGAGGGACAUUACGCGGAAUUCUUCCCUGCGGGACCUCAAGAAGCUCAUAUGGGAAACAGCGUUUAGCGAUGAGACUCGAAAUCAGGCUUAUAAUGACGUUUUACAGAGUAAUGCCAGAACCAUCACUGGCGAAUUUUUGGAGCCAUUCGAGGACAUGAUGAGGCUGCUGAACGAGAUGGAUUUCCCAAAAGGUAAAGAAGCUGAAAUCGAACAGCUAAUAAAGGUUGGGGUUCGCUGCAAGAUUGCAGGUAAAGAUGGAGUUCCAAAAGAGUUGGCACUGAUGCUCAAGCUAAAAUCGAUCUCGCAGCAAGGUCUGCAGUGUGGCGACGAGCUCUUGUUCCAUCAUUUCCUAUCGAGCAAGUCCUUUAGCUCGCUGGAGCAAGUAUGGGAUGCUGUCAACCUGGUUCAAAUGACAUGCUUUAACGAUCAUUGCAAAGAGAAGUUCAAUUCAAGGAUAUUGAACUCGCGCGGUAUUGUCGCCCAUUAUCUCCUGCGAGGCGACGACUUCAAGGACGAGUUUAACGCAUCUUGUUUGAACUCUUCCACCUGGUGGAACCUGAUGGAGAGAGUCGACCACGCACUUUUCAUGUGGAUCAUCGAUAUCAUCGUAGUGGCCAACAGUCAGUGUUUCAAGAAAGUUCCGGUAAGCAAGCAAAACACCAAAGACAAAGGCUGGGAGGACUACCGGGCCAAGCACGUAGUGGUUAACUACAAGAUCCUACUGUCGCUUGUUCUCAACGUCCUUCUGAACUACCAUUUCGGCUUUAACGAUCUCAAGAGUCUGUCGAGCCUUGAUGACUCAAAUUUUUGCAUACCGAUGCCUAUGGAUCAUCUCCUAGACACCGACAGCGUGAACCAAAUAUUCGUUCGCAAGUGGCUUCACUACUUCAAGAAAUUCUAA